UGUACCGGAUAAACCGAACUAAACCAAUACCGGAUCCAAUAGCGUCAUGCCGCGGGAUUAUUUAAAAACCAAGUUUAGAUUCGGACCGAACCAAUCAUUUCUCAGCAAAGCUUCUUGUCCUAGAACCCUGGAACUCCUUCACAGUUCCAGUUCGUUCUUCGACCAAUAUGGAGGAGGAUCGUGUCUUCUCUACCGUUCACUCCACGGUUUUCAAGGAAUCCGAACCGUUAGAAGGCAAGUGCGACAAAAUCGAAGGAUACGAUUUUAAUCAAGGAGUCAAUUACCCUAAGCUUCUCCGAUCAAUGCUCACCACAGGAUUCCAAGCCUCGAAUCUCGGCGAAGCUAUUGAUAUCGUCAAUAAAAUGCUAGACUGGAGACUUGCUGAUGAAGAUACGGUAGCUGAAGAGGAAAAGGAGUCCGUGAGGUGUAAGAUAUUUCUGGGAUUCACUUCGAAUCUUGUUUCUUCUGGUGUUAGAGAGACAAUUCGAUAUCUUGUUCAGCAUCAUAUGGUUGAUGUUAUAGUCACAACAACUGGUGGUGUAGAGGAAGAUCUCAUAAAAUGCCUUGCACCUACAUAUAAAGGUGACUUCUCUCUACCAGGUGCUUAUCUGCGUUCAAAGGGACUAAACCGAAUCGGGAACUUGCUGGUUCCUAAUGAUAACUACUGCAAGUUUGAGGAUUGGAUCAUUCCCAUCUUUGAUGAGAUGCUCAAGGAACAGAAACAAGAGAAUGUGUUGUGGACACCUUCUAAACUGUUAGCACGGCUGGGAAAAGAAAUAAACAAUGAGAGUUCAUACCUUUAUUGGGCUUACAAGAUGAACAUUCCAGUGUUCUGCCCGGGGCUAACAGAUGGUUCUCUCGGCGAUAUGCUUUAUUUUCACUCCUUUCGCACCUCUGGCCUUGUCAUCGACGUAGUGCAAGAUAUAAGAUCUAUGAAUGGCGAAGCAGUACAUGCAACUCCAAGAAAGACAGGGAUGAUCAUUCUUGGAGGGGGCUUGCCGAAGCACCACAUAUGUAAUGCCAACAUGAUGCGUAACGGUGCGGAUUACGCUGUGUUCAUAAACACAGGGCAAGAGUUUGAUGGGAGCGACUCAGGUGCACGCCCUGAUGAAGCAGUGUCCUGGGGUAAAAUAAGAGGAUCUGCUAAAACUGUCAAGGUCUGUUUCAAAAUUUUCUUUGAUCUCUCAUCACAUCUACACUAUGUUGUUCUAGAGUUACAUUUUUUUUUUAUGAUGGAUCAUUCUUGUAGGUGCACUGUGAUGCUACCAUAGCUUUCCCUUUGUUGGUUGCUGAAACAUUUGCCUCAAAGAGAGAACAAACCUGUGAGCCCAAGACCUAAGCAUUCAACAAUUUUUUUUAAGUUCAAAAAAAAAAAGACCUAAGCACUCAGAUUGUAUUUGAUUAACAUUUUAUUUCAUUUUAAGUGUCGUUUUAUAUUUUUAAUGCAUAAGUUUUGUUAAAUUUUCUAGUUUUAUCCUUAUUGUUUUUAUUUUAUUAAUGUUGCUGAAAUAUAUUUAUUAACAUAUCUAUUAUACCUUUUAGUUAUACAAGAAAAAAACAAACUAAAGAAAAAUA